AUGGCAGCAAAGAUGAUAGUAUCAGUGUUGUUAGGAGGGCUUGUGCUAUUGCUACUAUACCUCUAUGAGUCUUUGGUUUUAAAGCAAAAGAGGCUAAGAUCAAAGCUUGAGAAGCAGGGAUCAGAGGGCCUUCUCCUUCCUCAUUCUCUUGGGAAAUAUCCCAGAAAUGAAGAGGAUGGUCAAACUCGAGGUUAUGAAGUCAAAGGACCGCCAUCUUUCCAUUGCUCAUGA